GGAGCCACCACCAAGAUCUCUCUCCACAAGGAUCAUGGCAGGGUUCUGGUGGCUGUUCGUGCUGAUUGUCGUGUCCACUUACACCGCCAACCUCACGGCUUUCCUCACCGUCAAACGCCUCAAGCACCCCGUCACGUCUCUGGACGACCUCGCCUCGCAAACCAAGGUCAAGUACGGCAUUGUCAACCACGGGUCGCUGUACGAUUUCUUCAAGAGCCAGAUAGGGACGAGUUCAACCUACGAGAGACUGUGGCAUGGCAUGACAGCUAAACCAGACGACAGCUUCGUCAGCACAUUAGAGGAGGGGAUGAAGCGAGCCAAGAAAGGCGGAUAUGCCUUCAUCGUGGAUGGGACGUAUUUCGUUUAUGAGGCCAUGAAAGAUCCUGAUUGUGCGCUGACAAUGGUUGGUGCACCGUUUUUAUUUGGGGGCUACGGAAUAGCGACAAGAAAUGGCAGCCAUUGGGCAAAGAAACUAUCAGUAGGAAUUCUACAAUUACGGGAGAUGGGGAGGAUUAACGCACUGAAAGACCGCUGGUGGCCGGCUGCUGGGUGCUCGCUGGACGGUUCCGAGAGCAGCAUGGAAGCCAGUGGGCUAACCCUGCAGGACUUUCAGGGUGUUUUCUACCUUCUGUUCUCUGGCUUGGUGAUUGGACUGAUGGUAGCCGUUGCUGAAAUCUCCUGGCACAGAAACCAUCGCAUCAAAAAGGUUAGCAGCGACCCUGAAAGCCUUAAGAGCCCAGACGUGAAUGAUCACAACAAACGGCCUCAACAGCCCAAGGAUCACGCUAUUCUCAGGGAGUGUCUUCAACUGGCGGAACAAGGAGAAAUUCGUAUCACUAUUCAGAGAUAAAGCCAUCAGAAAACGGACAACUGAUGCACAAAUGCACAAUGUAAAAAGUACACGUCCCAACGACGUACAGAUACCUAGAAUGAAAUCCUUCAGGAAUUCGUGCCUUCACUGCACGGCGACAGAGAUGGUUAGGUCUAUUUGCAGCAUGUGGCACAGCGCCAAACUACAGUGAAGACCACAGUGAGCAUGGACUUGUUUUAAUUUUAUUCGGUGCCUGGUAACAUAAACAGGACUACAGCUUGUAAAGUAUUGCCUACAGCGAAAUAACAGAUAUCAUUACCAUCUUAUACUGG